UUCAUGUACCUUCGUGCAAUAUUAUUCUAUACUCCGCGAUGGCUGUGGAAGUCCUGGGAAGGCGGCAAGAUAAACGCAUUGAUGAUGGAUUUGGAUGUGGGUAUUUGUAGCGAAAUUGAGAAGAAACAGAAGAAAAAGCUUUUACUAGACUAUUUAUGGGACAAUCUGAGGUACCAUAACUGGUGGGCAUAUCGUUAUUACAUUUGCGAACUACUAUCUCUGAUAAACGUAGUAGGUCAGAUGUUUUUGAUGAACCGUUUUUUCGACGGUGAAUUCAUGUCAUUUGGACUCGAUGUCAUAAAGCACCUCGAGUCUGAUCAAGAAGAGCGAAUGGAUCCAAUGAUCUAUAUUUUUCCCCGAAUGACAAAAUGCACGUUCUUCAAAUUUGGUGUGAGCGGAGAAGUUGAAAAACACGACGCCAUCUGCAUUCUUCCUCUCAACGUAGUCAACGAAAAAAUUUACGUUUUCUUAUGGUUUUGGUUCAUAAUUCUGUCAAUCUUAACGUUUCUCACAUUAAUCUAUCGAGUAGUGAUAAUAUUUUCUCCAAGAAUGAGAGUUUAUUUGCUUCGUAUGAGGUUUAGACUGAUCAAACGUGAUGCCGUAGAAGUCAUCGUAAGGAGGUCGAAAAUGGGAGACUGGUUUCUCCUGUACAUGUUAGGAGAGAAUGUUGAUUCGGUGAUAUUUCGAGAUGUUAUGCAAGAGUUGGCGAUCAGAUUAGGCCAAGAUCAACACCACCACGUGCCUGGUGUCAAAGGAGAGAUCCAGGAAGCGUGACCAGAGCCAAUCCCGCGUCCAGCUUGGAGGGACGCGGAGGCUGGGAAGACUAAUUUCAAAAAUGUUUGAGAAACGUAUUAUUAGAAAGUAAACUCUAUUAUUGUACAACCGUAGAUCGCUCUUUACGGAAAAAAGAUUUUGUACAGUCAAAAAUGUAUAAAAUAGGAAAGCAUCAUGCAUCUAAUACAUUGAUAGAGUUUGCACUAAACAUAUAUUGCUAUAUAUGUAAAAUGUGCCAAAAUUGGGAGUGUUUGGAUACAAAGUGCCAUAGCAAAAUUAUGAAAAUGUAUAAUGUAUUCAUAGGUUCAUUUAUACAUGAACCAAUUUUAUAUGAAAUAUCAUUUUCAUAAAAUUAUGAAUUAUGAUAAAUCAAAUUUAACGAUGACGGAUUAUAAGGUGACGAACGAAUCAUACAAUAUUGACAAAAUUGAGUACACAUCAACGCCUUUUUUUAUAUUUCUAGUUGAUUAUAGUUAAUUAUGAGCGCGUAAUGAA